ACCCCGGGGUUUCUAGCCUCAGGUCGGCGCGCCACGCGGGUAAACUGAGGAAAGAAGGGCUGGCGUAAGUGCGCUGCGCGGCUGCAUGAGUCAGAACUAGAGCAUUUCCUUCCUGCCGCUCGGCCGGUACCCCUAGGACUCGGGACCCGGGACCCGCCCCCUUCCCGGCGGCCUGGCCUCCCCUGCUCCCUCUUCCUUUUUGGGGACCCCUCCUUUCCCCUCCCUAGCCCCCGGAGAGCCAUGAAGCUCGUGAGGAAGGACAUCGAGAAGGACUACGCGGGCCAGGUGACGCUGGUGCCCGAGGAGCCCGAGGACAUGUGGCACGCUUACAACCUGGUGCAGGUGGGCGACAGCCUGCGGGCCUCCACCAUCCGCAAGGUGCAGACCGAGUCGUCCACGGGCAGCGUGGGCAGCAACCGAGUGCGCACGACCCUCACCCUUUGCGUGGAGGCCAUCGACUUUGACUCCCAAGCCUGCCAGCUGCGGGUCAAAGGGACCAAUAUCCAGGAGAACGAGUACGUCAAGAUGGGAGCUUACCACACCAUCGAGCUGGAACCCAACCGCCAGUUCACCCUGGCCAAGAAACAGUGGGACAGUGUGGUGCUGGAGCGCAUUGAGCAGGCCUGUGACCCGGCCUGGAGCGCCGACGUGGCCGCCGUGGUCAUGCAGGAAGGCCUCGCCCACGUCUGCUUAGUCACGCCCAGCAUGACCCUCACUCGGGCCAAGGUAGAGGUGAACAUCCCCAGAAAACGGAAAGGCAACUGCUCCCAGCACGACCGGGCCCUGGAGAGGUUCUAUGAACAAGUGGUCCAGGCCAUCCAGCGCCACAUAAACUUCGAUGUGGUGAAGUGCAUCCUGGUGGCAAGCCCCGGAUUUGUUCGCGAGCAGUUCUGUGACUACAUGUUUCAGCAAGCAGUGAAGACUGACAACAAAGUGCUCCUGGAAAACCGAUCCAAAUUUCUUCAGGUCCAUGCCUCCUCUGGACACAAGUACUCCCUGAAAGAGGCCCUUUGUGACCCUUCUGUAGCUAGCCGACUUUCAGAUACUAAAGCUGCUGGGGAAGUCAAAGCCUUGGAUGACUUCUAUAAAAUGUUACAGCAUGAACCCGACCGGGCUUUCUAUGGACUCAAGCAGGUGGAGAAGGCCAAUGAAGCUUUGGCAAUUGACACAUUACUCAUCAGUGAUGAGCUCUUCAGGCACCAGGAUGUAGCCACGCGGAGCCGGUAUGUGAGGCUGGUGGACAGUGUGAAAGAGAACGCAGGCACAGUUAGGAUAUUCUCCAGUCUUCAUGUAUCUGGGGAACAGCUCAGCCAGUUGACUGGAGUAGCUGCCAUUCUCCGAUUUCCUGUCCCUGAUCUUUCUGACCAAGAGGAUGAUUCCAGUUCUGAAGAGGAUUAAUGAUGGAAACAAUUGAGACAUCCUGUCUCAGUCCAUGGUUUCUCAGCAUCCCUUGAUAGGAAGCUACAAGAGUGCCACUUUCUGACUCAUACUAGGAUCUCUUAUGUAUUUGAUCACACUAGCUAUUUUAUGGUUUCAAGAAGUGUUCAGACUAAACAAUAAAACAAAAGAAUAAUUU